AUUGAGCAGGAAACGAUGGCAGCGGCAAUGGCAACAGCAACAUCUCUAGACGAUUUGUCUUUGCCCAAAUUGAGCAGUCAAGACGAAGAAGGGGGGGCUGGUCAUGGCUUUGGUGGCGGACCACAACACUUUGAACCCAUUCCUCACGAUCAUGAUUUCUGCGAGAGAGUCGUUAUAAAUGUAAGCGGGUUAAGGUUUGAAACACAACUGCGUACGCUAAAUCAGUUCCCGGACACACUGCUUGGGGAUCCAGCUCGAAGAUUACGGUACUUUGACCCGCUUAGAAAUGAAUAUUUUUUUGACCGUAGUCGUCCGAGCUUCGAUGCGAUUUUAUACUAUUAUCAGAGUGGUGGCCGACUACGGAGACCGGUCAAUGUCCCCUUAGACGUAUUUAGUGAAGAAAUAAAAUUUUAUGAAUUAGGUGAUCAAGCAAUUAAUAAAUUCAGAGAGGAUGAAGGCUUUAUUAAAGAGGAAGAAAGACCAUUACCGGAUAAUGAGAAACAAAGAAAAGUCUGGCUGCUCUUUGAGUACCCGGAGAGCUCGCAAGCCGCCAGAGUUGUAGCUAUAAUUAGUGUAUUUGUUAUAUUGCUAUCAAUUGUUAUAUUUUGUCUAGAAACAUUACCCGAAUUUAAGCAUUACAAGGUGUUCAAUACAACAACAAAUGGCACAAAAAUCGAGGAAGACGAGGUGCCUGACAUCACAGAUCCUUUCUUCCUUAUAGAAACGUUAUGUAUUAUUUGGUUUACAUUUGAACUAACUGUCAGGUUCCUCGCAUGUCCGAACAAAUUAAAUUUCUGCAGGGAUGUCAUGAAUGUUAUCGACAUAAUCGCCAUCAUUCCGUACUUUAUAACACUAGCGACUGUCGUUGCCGAAGAGGAGGAUACGUUAAAUCUUCCAAAAGCGCCAGUCAGUCCACAGGACAAGUCAUCGAAUCAGGCUAUGUCCUUGGCAAUAUUACGAGUGAUACGAUUAGUUCGAGUAUUUCGAAUAUUUAAGUUAUCUAGGCAUUCGAAGGGUUUACAAAUAUUAGGACGAACUCUGAAAGCCUCAAUGCGGGAAUUAGGUUUACUUAUAUUUUUCUUAUUUAUAGGCGUCGUACUCUUCUCAUCAGCGGUUUAUUUUGCGGAAGCUGGAAGCGAAAAUUCCUUCUUCAAGUCCAUACCCGAUGCAUUUUGGUGGGCAGUCGUUACCAUGACCACCGUUGGAUAUGGUGACAUGACACCCGUCGGCGUUUGGGGCAAAAUUGUGGGAUCAUUGUGUGCGAUCGCUGGUGUGCUGACUAUCGCACUGCCCGUACCGGUUAUCGUCAGUAAUUUCAAUUACUUCUAUCACCGCGAAACGGAUCAGGAGGAGAUGCAGAGCCAAAACUUUAAUCAUGUUACUAGUUGUCCAUAUUUGCCAGGUACAUUAGUAGGUCAACACUUGAAGAAAUCAUCGUUGUCCGAGUCCUCAUCGGAUAUGAUGGAUUUGGAUGAUGGUGUUGAAUCGACGCCAGGAUUAACUGAAACGCAUCCUGGACGCAAUGGAGCAGCUCCAUUUUUGGGAGCCACACAGAUGCAACUGCAGCCGCCGCCAGCGCAGCAGCAGCAGCAGCAGCUACAGCAGCUGCAACUGCAGCAGCAGAACGGCUUCAAGCAAAUGCAGUCAACAAUAAGCGUCAGCGCAGCUACGGGCAGCGCCGGGAGCAGCCUCACAAUGAGGCACAACAAUGCGCUCGCUGUUAGCAUCGAGACCGACGUUUGACUACUGGUUAAAUUGAUGUUAAGUGGUAUAAGAUUGGCCUUGUCAAGUGUUAUGUUGGAUGCCAGAAACGACUACAAAAGCUGUUUAAGUUUAAUUUAAGUAGAACAAAUAACAAACAAAUUUAAACUAUUGCUAAAUUUAA